AUUGUUAGCAUGGAACCAAGAAACCACACAGCUGUUUCAGAAUUCCUUCUCCUGGGACUGACAGAGGACCCAGCACUGCGGCCCCUCAUCUUCAGCCUGUUCCUGGCCAUGUACCUGGUCACCAUCCUGGGGAACCUGCUCAUCAUCCUGACUGUGAACUCUGAUCUUCACCUCCACAGCCCCAUGUACUUCCUUCUGUCCAACCUGUCCUUUACUGAUAUCUGCUUGAGCACAAGCACCAUCCCCAAGAUGCUGGUGAACAUCCAAGCACAGAAUCCGAGCAUCUCCUACACAGGCUGCCUCUCCCAGGUCUUCUUUGUCUUGGGUUUUCUUGUCUUAGAGAAUUGUCUCCUCACAGCAAUGGCCUAUGACCGCUAUGUGGCCAUUUGUCACCCCCUGAUGUACACCAUCAUCAUGAAUCCUUCUCUCUGUGUGAUGCUGGUUCUGAUCUCUCUCUUCAUCAGCACUGUGGAUGCCCUGCUGCACACACUGAUGGUGCUGCGUCUAUCCUUCUGCACAGACCUGGAGAUCCCCCACUUCUUCUGUGAACUUGCUCAGGUCAUCAAGCCUGCCUGUUCUGACACCCUCAUCAAUAACAUUUUGGUUUAUUUUUUCUCUAUUAUUUUGGCUGGUAGUUCUCUGUUUGGAAUCAUUUUCUCAUAUGCUCAAAUUGUCUCUUCUCUGUUGAGAAUGCCUUCAGCUGGCAGAAAAUAUAAAGCCUUUUCCACCUGUGGCUCUCAUCUCUUAGUGGUCUCCUUGUUCUAUGGCACAGGUUUUGGCGUGUAUUUUAGCUCUGCAGUGACUGAGUCAUCCAGGAAUACUGCUGUGGCUUCCAUGAUGUACACUGUGGUCCCUCAAAUGCUGAACCCCUUUAUCUACAGCCUGAGAAACAGGGAUAUGAGGGAAACUUUGAGGAAAAAAUUAAGUAGACUAACAUUCUUCAGGUGA